AUGUCCCUCAUGGCCACCGAUGCACCGGCCUGCCCCGGCCAUCAAGCGGUUAAGCGCCCUUGGCCUCUCCAACGACUGCUGUCCCUCACGAAUGAAGUGGCGGAGCAGCCGGGCCAAUUCAUAUUUUCCAUCUGGUUAUUUACGUAUAGUGACCUGAAGACCAUCAUUGCCACCAGCUUUGGGUUUGGUCUCUUCACGUCCCUGGGGGCCGCAUCGUUUGGGAUUGAUCCCGCACCGGCAUGGUCCAGCUGUUUCCAGCGAGUGCCCGUGGUCGUGCUGUGGGCAUGGCUGAAUCUUCUACCAUUCACGAUCGACAACCAGCGCCAACCAGACGCUAUCAUGGAAGAUGCCAUCAACAAACCGUGGCGAACCAUGCCGCGCAAACUCAUGAAACCCGAGCACGCCCAGGUGGUGAUGUUCAUUUUUUACGCACUCGCAUUGGCUACCAGCGCCAGGAUCGGUGGGCUCGCGCAGUGCAUGACGCUCAUUGGACUCGGCUUCUGGUACAAUGAUGCGAGGGGCGCGGAUGCGAGCUGCAUUAUCCGCAAUCUCAUCAACGGGAUAGGCUUCGUCUGCUACACUUCGGGCGCCUUGCAGCUUGAACUGGGUCCAUCGCAGUGGCAAUCCUUCAUCCGAGCAGACGGGCCGGGCCUGCCGUGGUUGGCCAUCAUUGGCGCGAUCGUCUUCACCACCGUCCAGACCCAGGAUCUGUACGACCAGGCCGGCGAUAGCGUUCGUGGCCGAAAGACGCUGCCACUGGUGAUUGGUGACGCUGGCGCACGCUGGGUGACAGCUGCAUUCAUGGUGUUUUGGGGCAUCGUGAGCCCGUGGUAUUGGGGGUGGCUGCAGAGCGGCCAGAGCGGGGUCCUGUUCUGGAGCGGGGCAUACAUGGCAGCCCUUGCAUGCAUUAUCGCCGGCCGCAUCCUGACCUUUCGCACCGUCCCGGCGGACAAAACCAGUUUCAUACUGUGGAAUCUGUGGUUGGUCAGUCAAUACGGGUUGCCGCUGUGCGCUGGUCUCGGACGAGCAGGUGGGGUGUGA